CACCAUUACGCCUUUCUCCCUUCAAUCACGUCUCCUUCAUACGAUCACCACCCACACUAUAUAAAUAUCUCUACUACCACCCUCUUUCCAUCAAUUCAUUUCAUUUCUCACUCUUCUAUCAAUUUAUUUCCUCUCUCUACAGAAUACAAAUGGCCUCUCUUACAUCCUUAAACUUUCUCCUAUGUUUUUUUCUGUCUGUUUCAAUUCUUCGUUUCAGUUCAGCGAGAAAACUCACCGAGUCAGAGCCCCAACUUAAGUUCCAAUACCACAGAGGACCUCUCCUCACAGGUAAAAUCUCCGUCAACCUCAUUUGGUACGGCAACUUCAAACCUUCCCAGAAAGCCAUCGUCACUGACUUCAUCACCUCUCUCUCCCCACCCAAACCCCUCACGGCCCAACCAUCCGUUGCCACGUGGUGGAAAGCCACCGAAAAAUACUACCAAACCCCAUCUCCCAAACUCGCCCUCUCUCUGGGUUCCCAAAUCCUCGACGAAAACUACUCAUUCGGUAAAUCACUCACCACCGAUCAAAUCGUGAAACUUGCAUCCAAGGGUCCACAGAGAAACGCAAUUAACGUGGUUCUCACCUCCGCUGACGUUGCCGUGGAAGGGUUCUGCUCCAGUAGGUGCGGGACUCACGGGUCCUCCGUGGGGGCGCGCGUCAACGGAAAUAGGUACAAGUUCGCUUACAUCUGGGUGGGUAACUCUGAAACCCAGUGCCCGGGGCAAUGCGCGUGGCCAUUCCACCAACCCAUAUACGGUCCCCAGAACCCAGCUCUGGUUGCGCCCAACAACGAUGUUGGCGUCGACGGCAUGGUCAUCAACGUGGCUAGCCUCUUGGCUGGAACCGUGACCAACCCUUUCGGGAAUGGCUACUUUCAGGGACCCAAAGAGGCUCCGCUGGAAGCCGCCUCUGCCUGCACCGGCGUCUACGGUAAGGGCGCCUACCCUGGCUAUGCAGGGAACCUCUUGGUGGACCCCACCACCGGUGCCAGCUACAACGCCAAUGGUGUCAACGGAAGGAAAUAUCUCUUGCCAGCUCUCGUUGACCCUAAAACCUCUGCUUGUUCAACCAUCGUCUAAAACCCCCCACACAAAGCUUUCACUUUUCACCCGGUUUAGUUUUUAGGCUACACGAACGAACAUUCUUUCAUUUCUUCAUUCAAUCAUAGUCUUAAGUAUUACAAUGUUCAGUUAUACUAAACUUUUGUAUUCAGAUGAUUAGAAAGUAUGGCAAAGUUAUAUUAUUAAUAUUUUUAUUGAUUUUUAAUUUAAUUUGCAGAAA